AUGAUCAACAAGAUCGACCGGCUGAUCCUGGAGCUGCACCUCUCGCCCUCAGAAGCUGCCCAGCGCCUGGCGGCCAUAGUGCACCACGCCAACAUGAUAUGGUCGGCCUUCGAUUCAGAGGCCUUCCUGUCAGAGGCAGACGCGGUGCUCGCCUACGAGCAGCAGCGACAGGCGGAGGAGGAGGCCGGCGGCGGGGACAGCGACUGCGGCGCCACGGCGGGGCGGCCUGGGGAGCAGGAGCAGGAGGAGGAGGACGCGUUCCGCCCGAGCGCGGGCAACGUCGCGUUCGGCUCCGCCGCCGACGGCUGGGCGUUCACGGUGCCGGACUUUGCGGCGCAAUACGCCGAGAAGCUGGGCGCGAAGCCGGCGGCGCUCGCGCAGGCGAUGUGGGGGGACUACGCGUUUCUGCCCAAGGAGAAGCGAGUGGUGAAGCUGAAGCGCCAGGGCGGCAGCGGCGGCGGCGGUCAAAAGACGAUGUUUGAGCAAUUCGCGCUUGAGCCGCUGUGGAAGGCGUACGGCGCGUGCGGCGCCGCCGGCGGCGCGGAGGCGGCGGCGCUGCUCGCGCCGAUCGUGAAGGGCCGCGGCCUCGCGGCGCGCGUGCCGGCGAAGGCGCUGGAGGCGCCCGACCCGCGGCAGGCGCUGCGCGCGGUGCUGCGCGCGUGGCUGCCGCUGUCUGAGGCUGUCCUGAGCAUGGCGGUCGCCCACCUGCCCUCGCCGCCCGAGGCCGCGCCAGCGCGC